ACAAUCUAUCUGACAAAUUAGCUCAAAUGAUAAACUUCUUGCCUUCAUACUACCAAGCACAUACCAACUAAUUAAAUGCAGAUGUUUAGUUUCCAUGUGCAUCAGAAAACAGCAUAAUUAUGCAGAUUAGAUAUUAGAUAAAAGAAAAAGCAGAACCAUUGGAUUUAUGAUUCAAUAAUCUAAUCGAGUGGCUUAGAAGAGGUUUAUGUUUAUUAUCAAGAGACAAACGUGGGCUACAUGUUUUGGGAUCAUCCAAAGAAACAUAAACCUAAUCGCGUGGCUUUGCUUCCAAUUCAUAAGAACAAGGCUGUCACCAAUGAAGUGAUCUGUCUUUAGCUUGGAGCUAUAAAACUUGCUCAUUUCCUCAACAAUUUCCAACCAACUCAAUUGCUAAAUUCCUCAUACUCAUCAAUUUCCUCAUCUUCGAAAAAAAUCUCUUCUUGAACUCUAAAAAGUUAAAACUCAAAAUGAUUAGUACAAAGAAGCUCCUCAAGAUGGCAAAAAAGUGGCAAAAGAUAGCAGCAGCCAGCAGGAAGAGGAUCUCCUGGCCGAAACCACCAACUGAUAAAGGCCACUUUGUCGUCUACACAACUGAUGGAAGAAGAUUUACCAUUCCUUUAGCUUAUCUCAAGAGCGAGCUUUUCAUAGAGCUCCUUAGAAUAGCCGAGGAAGAAUAUGGAGUUACAAGUUCAGGGCCAAUUACACUGCCUUGCGAUUCAAAAUUCAUGGAGUAUGCGAUCUCUAUGAUUCAAAGACGUGUAGCUGAGGAUUUAGAGAAGGCAUUGAUCAUGUCGUUAGCAAGCUGUAAAUACUCGCCGAUGUUACAUGAUCAACAUCAAGAACAAACAAAUUCAAAUUUGUUGAUUUGCAGUUUCUAGAUUACAAUUUUGUUUCCCCUUGUAUGGAACAUACCUUGAUUAUACAAACUUAGAAAAUUAAUGAAAGAAGUUAUUCAAUCAUUUAUACCAAA